AGUCUUAGGUUUAAAGUCCAACAGGUAGAGGUUCCAGACCUAGGAUUCCUGUGUUCCCUGCGCAGUAUCGGGACACAUGGCCAGAGCUGGUGGGAACCUGAGGGUCUGGGGGAGCUUGGUGCUACUGGGCCUGUACAGCUGCGCUGUGUCCCGGGCGGCAGCUCCAAACCCAGUGACAAACCUGAGUGUGGAAACUCAGACAGACAGCUCCAUCACCCUCAUAUGGGAUAAACCAGAAGGUCAUGACACAGUUAACCUGACCUACUGGAUCCAGUGGCUUGGAAAAAAUGACAGCAAUGGACUUACAAACACAACAAACACCAGUGUCAUGGUGGAUAACCUUGCUCCUGCUUCUACAUAUGAAUUUUUCGUGUGGGUAGAAAAAGAUGAAAUCAAUAGCACCAUGGAGACCCUCAACGCCUCCACAGCUCCAAACCCAGUGACAAACCUGAGUGUGGAAACUCAGACAGACAGCUCCAUCACCCUGAUAUGGGAUGAACCAGAAGGUCAUGACACAGUUAACCUGACCUACUGGAUCCAGUGGCUUGGAAAAAAUGACAGCAAUGGACUUACAAACACAACAAACACCAGUGUCAUGGUGGAUAACCUUGCUCCUGCUUCUACAUAUGAAUUUUUUGUGUGGGUAGAAAAAGAUGAAAUCAAUAGCACCAUGGAGACCCUCAACGCCUCCACAGCUCCAAACCCAGUGACAAACCUGAGUGUGGAAACUCAGACAGACAGCUCCAUCACCCUGAUAUGGGAUGAACCAGAAGGUCAUGACACAGUUAACCUGACCUACUGGAUCCAGUGGCUUGGAAAAAAUGACAGCAAUGGACUUACAAACACAACAAACACCAGUGUCAUGGUGGAUAACCUUGCUCCUGCUUCUACAUAUGAAUUUUUCGUGUGGGUAGAAAAAGAUGAAAUCAAUAGCACCAUGGAGACCCUCAACGCCUCCACAGCUCCAAACCCAGUGACAAACCUGAGUGUGGAAACUCAGACAGACAGCUCCAUCACCCUGAUAUGGGAUGAACCAGAAGGUCAUGACACAGUUAACCUGACCUACUGGAUCCAGUGGCUUGGAAAAAAUGACAGCAAUGGACUUACAAACACAACAAACACCAGUGUCAUGGUGGAUAACCUUGCUCCUGCUUCUACAUAUGAAUUUUUCGUGUGGGUAGAAAAAGAUGAAAUCAAUAGCACCAUGGAGACCCUCAACGCCUCCACAGCUCCAAACCCAGUAAGAAACCUGAGGGUGGAAACUCAGAACAACAGCUCCAUCACCCUGAGCUGGGACGAACCAGAAGGUCAUGACCCAUCUAACCUUACCUACUGGAUCCAGUGGCUUGGAGAAGACUACAGCAAUGUAUCUAAAAGCACAACAACCACUAGUUUUGUGGUGGAUAGCCUUGCUCCUGCUUCUACAUAUGAAUUUUUCAUGUGGGUAGAAAAAAAUGAAAUCAAUAGCACCACGGAGACCCUCAACGCCUCCACAGCUCCAAACCCAGUAAGAAACCUGAGUGUGGAAACUCAGACCAACAGCUCCAUCACCCUGAGCUGGGACAAACCAGAUGGUCGUAAUGACACAGUUAACCUGACCUAUUGGGUCCAGUGGCCUGGAGAUGAGGACAACUAUAAAAAUAAAAGCACAACGAACACCAGUGUCGUGGUGGAUAACCUUGCUCCUGGUUCUACAUAUGAAUUUUCCGUGUGGGUUGAAUACGAUGGAAUCAGAAGCACCACGGUGACCAUCAAUGCCUCUACAGUCCCAGCUGCGGUCAGCGAACCCUCCUGUGUCAGCACUUCUGGGGGCUAUGGGGUCAUUCUUACCUGGCCCUGCCCAUCUGGGGGUUAUGAUACCUUUGAGGUGGAAGUGGGCGGACAACGGAGAAACCAGUCUUCCUGUGGGAUGGGCAUGUCUGUGUCAGAUCUUGGGCCAGCUCAGUCUUACACGGCCACCAUCACAACUAUCUUGCAUGGACUGAGGGCCUCACCCUUCUCUGUGACCUGCCACACAGAGAGUACAGGGGUCAUUGUGGGAGUCAUCGUGGGCAUCCUCUUGCUUUUCAUCCUUGUGGGCCUCCUGAUUUUCUUCCUGAAGAGGAGAAGAAAGAGGAGCCAGCAGAAGAAAACGCCCAAGGAUCUGGUGUUCAGCGUCCCAGGGGAUAUCCUAGCCAAAGACUUUGCUGACCACGUCAGGGUGAAGGAGAAGGACAGCAACUAUGGAUUUGCUGAGGAGUAUCAGCAAUUGGCUCCGGAGGGCCAAGGCCAGUCUCAGACGACAGCACUGGCUCCAGAGAACACAUCCAAGAACCGCUACAGGAAUGUACUGCCCUAUGACUGGUCUCGGGUGCCCCUGAAGCCCCUUCAUGAGGAACCAGGCUCCGACUAUAUCAACGCCAACUUCAUGCCUGGUCUCUGGAGCUCCAAGGAAUUUAUUGCAACCCAGGGUCCCCUGCCUCACACUGUGGGUGAUUUCUGGCGUCUGGUGUGGGAACAGAAGAGCCACACUCUGGUCAUGCUGACCAACUGCAUGGAGUCUGGACGGGUGAAGUGCGAGCAUUACUGGCCUCUGGAUGCGCAGCCCUGUACGCAUGGGCAGUUGCAAGUGACGUUGAUGAGUGAGGAGGUGAAGGAGAACUGGACAGUGAGGGAUCUUCAGCUCUUCCAUGUGGGAGAACAACAGACUCACUCUGUGCGCCAAUUCCACUUCCUGGCCUGGCCAGAUCAUGGAGUUCCUUACUCCCCAGACCCUUUGCUGGAUUUCCAAAAGGUGCUGCGGGAGUGGGUGGACCAAAGCAUGGAUGGGGGUCCUCCCAUUGUACAUUGCAGCGCUGGCGUGGGCCGGACGGGCACCCUCAUUGCAUUGGACGUCCUACUCCGACAGCUGGAGUGUGAGGGGCUGGUGGGCCCCUUCAGCUUCGUGAAGAAGAUGAGAGAGAGCCGGCCAUUGAUGGUGCAGACAGAGGCCCAGUACAUAUUCCUCCACCAAUGCAUCUUGAGGUUCCUCCAGAAGUCAGCCCCCUCCCUCAUCCUAAGGGAGUCGAUCUAUGAGAAUGUGCCAAACUUCAUUUAUGAGAAUGUAGCUGCCAUCAGACCCCAUGAGUCCGAGGUCUCAGCUACUGGGUGCUGAGCCUACACACAGAAAUAAUCAGGCUGGAUACGGACCCCUGCUGAAGCCCAGAAUCCUGAACCUCCAGGAGAAGUGAGGUUUGGAGUCUCAGCCUCCCCAGCCCACUGGAAAGUCAUCUCCUGUUGUCCAAGGACAGGAUGGGACUGCUGUACUUCUGAUUUGAGCCUUGUGGGAGCUGGGAGCCUAAGGACAGGGGCAACAAGGGAUUUCCUGUUCUUUGAGUGGAGGUGGCUGUGGCUGGGGCAUGCAGGGUCUCAAAGAAAUGGACUGGAGCCUGGAUUUAGAAGAAAGAAUCAGGAUCUGGAAUUCUGCUACUUGAGGAACCAGGGCGGGCAGGUACCUGCCCCUCCCCCGAUUAUUUCAGAAAUGGAAUCAGUCUCCUUGAAUCAGAGGCUGAAGGGAGCCCCUUUGCUUGUGGUCUCCGUGCACCCCCUGCCUGCACAUUCUUUCCGUCCAUAUAAUUUAUUGAACUAUUCUCCUCGAAGGUGGGUUUUUGUUUCUGGAGAUAAUAUUGGGAUAGAAGAGGGGGUUCCACACAUUAAAACUGGAGCAAACACAUG